AUGGACGCGGCCGUGUCACCACAGCCCCCGGGCACGCCUGUGAAUGGCAACGGUGCCAACGGCAUCAACGGUGUCAAUCCAGGCGCCCCUCUCGUUGCCAUGGAUCCCGCCCGCGUCGUCGAGCAUCUGGCACAUCUGCUUGAGGCCGCCCUUGGCGCAUCGCGCGACGAGCUCGAAGCUACUGGCAGCCUCCUGUCAAAAGCACGAUACAACGACACAUUACAACGAUGUACCCGCUUCGCCAACGACGCAGUCGUGUCUUUGUACAUACAAAAAGACCUCCCCGCCACCCCUCAACUAGAAAAUGGCGACGUGGAUUCGAAACCAUCACAACACACAUACACUAUCGCAUCCGACUUGUUCUCAGCAGCAACCACCGUUGCGUUCCUGGUCCUCCUGAAGCGCCCUCAGCCCCUCGAUCCAUCCGCGCCCCUCGCCUCACAGCUUCAAGUGCUGAAUCUUCCCGGCCCAGCUUACCUUGCAGCCACCGCUGGCGAGCAAGGCCCGGCAGCCUCGCCCUUCGAAUAUCUACAGCUCUUCCUGCACAACGGUCUGGCGCCAUACUUCGAUGCAAGCACCAAGAGCCAGCAGAUGAUCGGCGGCGUCCGCGGCAGAGCUGAUGUCGACGCCAAGACUGGUAUACCUGUGACGAAGAAGAGGUGGACUGAGCUGGAGCUGAGCUUGUCACAUUUGCAGCAGAAUGUCGAGAUCCCAGAGGUUCUCCUGCCGUUCCAUCCAACGGUGCAGAACGCCCUCGAUGAUGCGGCAUCUCGCCAGAUCAAGCCCUCACUCGAUAUGAUACCGCCCGCCCUCCUCCAGGACAGCACCUUCCUGAACCAGUUGCAGACGAAUGUGAACAACUGGAUCAAAUCUAUCCAGGCAAUCACCAAGAUGAACCGUGACCCAACCACCGGAACGGCCAACCAGGAGAUCAAUUUUUGGCUGUCCAUGGAGGCAGCACUUGGUGGCAUCGAGACUCAGCUGGGAAGCGAUGGUGUCCGUUUGACUCUGGAGAUCUUGAAGCACGCGAAGCGUUUCCAGGCAACUGUCAGUUUCGGAGCAGACACGGGGCUGAAAGAAGCCAUGGAUACAGUCCAAAAGUACAACCAGCUGAUGCGCGACUUUCCCUUGGACGAGCUCCUCUCGGCAACCUCGCUGCCCAAGGUACGGGAUGCUAUUGACCAGAUAUUCACCCACCUGAACAAGAAACUCCGCAUCUGCCCAUACCCCAUUCGACGGGCCUUACCUUUGGUCGAGGCCUUCUCAGCGGACCUGGAUGAGGUUCUGCACCGCCUUCUUCCAGGAACGGAGUUGGUCGAUCUUGAUUAUCAGGAGUUCAGCAACGUCAUGCGCCUGACGGACAACGUCUUCAAGGCUUGGGACGAUAAUAGAAAGGCUUUCACAGAUGUCGCUCGUGAUGUCACCAGGCGGAGGAACGAGAAGUUCAUCCCUAUCAAGAUCAACCCCAAACACGUCGAGCUUCAGUCUCGACUGAAAUAUGUCAGCAACUUCCGCGACAAUCACGAGCAAUUGCAGAAGACGAUUGUCAACGUUCUUGGUCCCAAAGCGACUGUGACUGAACUGGUUGACGGCGCAAACGCGGAAGGCGUCGUCGUUGAAGAGAUGGGCGACGUCGAUGCGGUCGAGGAGGUCAAGCAAGCCUGGGAAGCUCUUAGGAACGUGGACCUACUUGAUGUUUCAACAGAAGGGACUCAGCGAUGGGUCAAGGCCGAAGAGACUUACAACGAACGGACAUCUCGCGUUGAGAACUCCAUCAUCGCUCGGCUGCGGGACCGUCUUGCCACAGCCAAGAAUGCGAACGAAAUGUUCCGCGUGUUCUCCAAAUUCAACGCGCUUUUUGUGCGGCCGAAGAUCCGAGGCGCUAUCGCAGAGUACCAAACCCAGCUCAUUGACAAUGUUAAGCUGGCCAUCAACUCCCUUCAUGAGCGCUUCAAGCAGCAAUACGGACAUUCUGAGGCGCACGCCAUGGCACAGUUGCAUGACCUGCCACCCGUCUCUGGGGCUAUCAUUUGGGCUCGUCAAAUCGAGCGCCAACUCGACGGAUAUAUGAAGAAAGUCGAGGACGUCCUCGGUUCCGAAUGGGCGCUUCACACCGAAGAGAAAAACAUCACCAUCUCGGGGCUCAUCUUCACCAUCAGCAAGAUCCGGGCUGCUGGAAACGUCCUGGAGCUUCAGAUCAACUUCGACGGGCAAGUCAUUGCCUUGUUCAAAGAGGUCCGAAACCUCAUGUGGCUUAAUUACAGUGUACCUCACGCCAUCAACAGCGUCUCGAAAGAGGCCAAGAGAGUCUAUCCUUUUGCCGUGAGCCUCAUGGAGAGCGUCAGGACUUAUGCGCAGACCGAUCGCCAGAUCGCGGACAUGCCGGACGUCUCCGUACUGCUUGGCGGUCUUCGGAACGAAGUCCAGGAGCUUGUCCGCAAGGGCAUGCCGCUCAGAUGGGAGUCCUUCAACAACAUGUAUGAGUUACAUUUCAGAGCGGACUCAUCAAAGGGCGAAAGCAAGCACGUCACUUUCGUCAAAGAAUUCUCUGUGGCGGUGUCACAGCUCCAGUUCAAGACCAUGACAUUGGCCUCCAUCAACGCAACCAUCCAGAAGGCUCUUGCUGAGCUUAGUUCUUGCCCGUACGAAGCAUCGGAAUUUGAUUCACGGCUCAAAAUCAUCCAAGACGCAGUGGACCAGUUGAACCUGGAGCAAUACGUGAAUUUGGGCUACUGGGUCGACGGCAUGAACUCCCAUAUCAAGGAGGUCCUGCUGAUCCGCCUUCAACGCGCAAUGUCGGCUUGGAUUGAGGCCUUUGAGGAUGACCAUUUCGAGGGUGACGAUUCGCGUCGGAGGGGACACGGAGAUGGUGCUGUCAUCUAUCUCGACCCUCCCUUGGAAUACGCACGUGCUAGCUGGUUCCUCCAGCUUCAAGACUGGCUUGGCGUCGUCUGCAACCUGAAGAAGAUCAAGGCCACUCGCUACCAAAUGAGCCUAAGUCUCAACACGACGGCUCAAGAUGAGCCUCGGUUUAACGACCUCCCCGCUGAGUGCACCGAGAUGCUCAUUCGUGUCCAUGGCUCCGUUGACAAGAAGCUUCAGGAGAUUGGGGCAUACGUCGACAAGUGGCUGCAGUUCCAGUCCUUAUGGGACUUGCAGUCUGAUCAAGUCUACGAAAUACUUGGUGACCAGCUCUCGCGAUGGCUGCAGCUCCUGCAGGAGCUCCGCAAAACGCGAUCGACAUUUGACACAUCAGAGGUCAGCCGCUCAUUCGGCCAUGUCACCAUCGAUUACGACCAGGUACAAACCAAGGUCAAUGCCAAGUAUGAUCAAUGGCAGCAUGAUAUCCUGCUCAAGUUUGCUAGUCGUCUUGGAAACCGCAUGCGGGAGGUCCAUGCUGAGAUCGAGAAAGCCCGGCGAGAUUUGGAAAGCCAUAGUCUGGAAGCAUCGUCCACGGCGCAAGCCGUACAGUUCAUCACCAUUGUGCAGAGUUGCAAACGGCAGGUCAAGCUUUGGGCACCAGAGGUUGAGAUCUUCCGCCAAGGCGAAUCCACCCUUGUGAGGCAGCGGUACCAGUUCCCCAAUGACUGGCUUCAUGCGGAACAGGUAGACGGCAUGUGGGACGCACUGAACGAGCUUCUAGCGCGCAAAUCGAAGAUUGUCCAGGAUCAGACGGACGCCUUGCGAGCAAAGAUCACCGCCGAGGACAAGGUCGUCGCCGAUAAAAUCACCGAGGUGGCACAGCAGUGGAAUGAGGAGAAGCCAGUGUCUGGCACUAUACCUCCUGACGAGGCCAAUGCCACUCUGAGCUCUUUCGAGAUCAGGAUCACUCAGCUUCAGGAAGAAUUCGCCAUGGUCUCCAAGGCCAAGGAAGCCCUCGACCUUCCUGCGUCCGCAGAUUCGUCUCUUGGUGUGAUAUUGGAAGAGGUUCAAGACUUCAAAUCUGUCUGGGCUUCACUUUCCCUGAUAUGGAAGAGUCUGAACGAGCUUCGCGAGAUGCUAUGGACUAGCGUUCAGCCGAGAAAGAUCAGAUCAUCGAUUGAUAGCCUCAUCAAGAUGACGAAGGAGAUGCCCAGCAGGAUGCGGCAGUACGCCGCGUUUGAGCACAUCCAGAACAUUCUUCGGCAGUACCUGAAAGUCAACUCUCUGCUAGGGGACCUCAAGUCAGAGGCGGUACGGGACCGACACUGGACUAAGAUCUGGAAGCAGAUCAAGCCUGGCAAGCGAUAUUCUCCCGUCUCCAUGACAUUAGGAGAUGUUUGGGACCUCAACCUCGUGGCGACCGAAGUCAUCAUCAAGGACGUGAUUGCUCAAGCCCAGGGCGAGAUGGCCCUUGAAGAGUUCCUCCGGCAGGUGAAGGAGGACUGGACGAAUUACCAUCUCGAACUCGUCAACUACCAGAAUAAGUGCCGUCUCAUUCGAGGUUGGGAUGAGCUGUUCGCAAAGUGCAGCGAGAACCUAAACUCGCUACAGGCAAUGAAGCACUCUCCGUACUACAAAGAAUUUGAGGAGGAGGCCUCGACCUGGGAGGAUAGGCUCAAUCGCGUGCACGUCCUCUUCGACGUCUGGAUCGAUGUUCAACGCCAAUGGGUCUACCUCGAGGGUGUUUUUACUGGCAACGCGGAUAUCAAGCACCUGCUUCCAAUUGAGUCUUCGAGGUUCCAGAACAUCAACAGCGAGUUCUCGGCGGUUAUGAAGAAGGUCUACAAGCAGCCUACUGUCCUUGACGUCCUUAACAUACCGAAUGUACAAAAAUCUCUGGAGCGUUUGGCGGAGCUGCUCAACAAGAUCCAGAAAGCGCUCGGCGAGUAUCUCGAGAAGGAGCGUGUCUCAUUCCCUCGAUUCUAUUUCGUCGGUGACGAAGAUCUGCUGGAAAUGAUCGGCAAUAGCAACGACACUUUGCGAAUUGCUAAGCACUUCAAAAAGAUGUUUGCUGGUCUCUCUGGUCUCGUCAUGGACGAGGAGGGUGUUAUUUCCGGCUUUACCUCCAAGGAGGGCGAGAUCGUGCGACUCAAGAAGGAAAUCUCGGUAAUCAAGACUCCGAAGAUCAACGACUGGCUCGCGCUCCUGGAAAGCGGGAUGAAAGCAACGCUUGCCGAGUUACUGGCUGAGGCUGUCGAACAAUACACGCCCAUUUUCUCCAGCGAGAAGAUCGAGCAAUCUGCCCUGAGCGAUUUCAUGUCAGCUUAUCCAAGUCAGAUUGUGGUCUUGGCAACUCAGGUUGUUUGGACCACUGCCAUUGACCAGGCCCUCAAUGAUGGCGGCAAAGACCUCCAAGCUUUGUUCGAGCGGGAGGUCCAGGUGCUCCGCCUUCUCGCUGACACGGUCUUGGGUGACCUGGAGGUACUGAUGAGGAAGAAGUGCGAGCAGCUCAUCACCGAAUGCGUUCAUCAGCGAGAUGUCAUUGAGAAGCUUGUGAAGCUCAAUGCAACGACUCCAACACACUACAUGUGGCUCCUCCAGAUGCGUUAUGUCUACACUCCUCAGGGCGAAUUCCUAGACCGCCUCCACAUCAAGAUGGCGAACGCAAAGCUCAACUACGGCUUCGAGUAUCUCGGUGUCCCUGACAGGCUUGUUCGAACGCCUCUCACUGACAGGUGCUUCCUCACUCUCACACAAGGACUGUGCCAGCGUCUGGGAGGGUCUCCUUAUGGCCCUGCCGGUACCGGCAAGACAGAGUCUGUCAAGGCGCUUGGCGUUGAGCUCGGCAGAUUCACUCUGGUCUUCUGCUGUGAUGACACUUUCGACUUCCAGGCCAUGGGUCGUAUUUUCCUCGGUAUUUGCCAGGUCGGAGCUUGGGGCUGUUUCGACGAGUUCAACCGUCUCGAAGAGCGUAUUCUGUCUGCAGUCUCCCAACAGAUCCAGAACAUUCAACUCGGUCUCAAACAGGGCGCUGAGGAUGACAAAGCUCAGAUUGAGCUUGUAGGUCGCCAACUUCACGUCAAUGAGGACACGGGCAUCUUCAUCACGAUGAACCCCGGCUAUGCUGGUCGGUCCAAUCUGCCAGACAACCUCAAGAAGCUCUUCCGCAGUGUGGCCAUGUCGAAGCCUGACAAGGAGCUUAUCGCCGAAGUCAUGCUGUACUCCCAAGGCUUCAACCAGGCUAAGCAACUGUCAAAGCACACAGUACCUUUCUUCGACGAAUGCUCAGCCAAGCUUUCGAAACAAGCGCAUUACGACUUCGGCCUGCGUGCUUUGAAGAGCGUCCUAGUAAGCUCUGGUGGACUGAAACGUGCCCGACUCAUCGAGAGCGGGGGCGACCUGGGCGCAGAGGAAGUAGUUGAGCCGGAGAUCAUUGUCCAAAGCAUCCGCGAGACCAUUGCGCCCAAGCUGAUCAAGUCUGAUGUCGACAUUAUGAUGGAUAUCGAAGAGGUCUGCUUCCCCGGCGUCAAGUACGUCCCGGCCAACCUGCAAAGUUUGGAGGAGGCAAUCCGCCGCUUGGCAGACGAAAGGCAACUCGUUGUCAACGAAACCUGGAUGACGAAGAUUCUUCAGCUGUAUCAAAUCCAGAAGAUCCAUCAUGGUGUCAUGAUGGUCGGAAAUUCAGGAUCAGGAAAGUCGGCUGCCUGGAGGUUGCUUCUUGACGCACUUCAGCAAGUCGAGAGUGUGGAGGGCGUCUCCCACGUCAUCGACUCAAAAGUCAUGUCCAAGGAGGCACUGUACGGAAACCUCGACUCCACCACCCGAGAAUGGACAGAUGGUCUGUUCACAAGCAUUCUUCGGAAAAUCGUGGACAACCUUCGUGGCGAGGACACCAAGCGCCACUGGAUUGUCUUUGAUGGCGAUGUCGAUCCCGAGUGGGUUGAAAACUUGAACAGUGUGCUCGAUGACAAUAAGCUGCUCACCCUUCCCAAUGGCGAGCGUCUCAACUUGCCGCCUAAUGUCCGCAUAAUGUUCGAGGUGGAGACCCUGAAGUACGCCACGCUCGCAACAGUCAGUAGAUGCGGUAUGGUCUGGUUCAGCGAAGACACUGUCACGCCUAGCAUGAUGGUGACCAACUACCUCGAGACACUUCGCACGGUUGCCUUCGAAGAUCUAGACGAAGACGCGGUAGCCACCGGACAGAGCUCUGCGAAGGCCCUAGCCGUGCAAACGCACGCUGCUGAUCUCCUCCGCUCGCAUCUCGAGUCUGAGGGCUUUAUCCUGGCCGCUUUGCAGCAAGCAGAGAACUACAACCACAUCAUGGAGUUCACAGUGGCCAGAGUGCUCAACACCCUGUUUUCUCUGCUGAACAAGGCUGUCCGCGACAUCAUCGAGUACAACUCCCAGCAUGUUGACUUCGCUCUGGAUCCCGAGCAGGUGGAAGGUUUCAUUGCCAAGAAGCUCCUGCUUGCUCUGGUCUGGGCUCUAACCGGCGACUGUCCAUUAAAUGAUCGCAAGGCAUUCGGCGACAGCCUAUGCGGUCUUGCAGAUUUCGGGUCACCUCCAUUGGAUGGGUCCAGCGCCCUGAUUGAUUUCGAUGUCUCUCUCCCACAAGCCGAAUGGACACCUUGGCAGAACCAGGUACCGACGAUCGAAGUCAACACACACUCUAUCACUCAGACCGAUGUGGUCAUUCCGACUCUGGACACUGUCCGGCACGAAGAUGUCCUGUACUCAUGGUUGGCUGAACACAAGCCUCUUCUCCUGUGCGGACCGCCAGGCUCUGGUAAGACGAUGACGCUAUUCAGUGCGUUGCGCAAGCUGCCAAAUAUGGAAGUCGUUGGCCUCAACUUCUCGAGUGCUACUACACCCGACCUCCUGAUCAAGACGUUCGAGCAAUACUGCGAGUAUAAGAAGACACUGAAUGGAGUGACGCUGUCUCCAACUCAAAUUGGGCGUUGGCUCGUCAUAUUCUGUGACGAGAUCAAUUUGCCAGCUCCGGAUAGAUACGGCACGCAGAGAGCCAUAUCCUUCAUUCGUCAGCUAGUCGAGCACAACGGCUUCUGGAGAACUUCCGACAAGUCAUGGGUGACCCUCGACAGGAUCCAGUUCGUCGGCGCUUGCAACCCACCUACAGAUGCCGGACGUACGCCUAUGGCCGCUCGUUUCCUGCGACAUGCUCCUCUGAUCAUGGUUGACUACCCAGGCGAGCAAUCCCUCCACCAGAUCUACGGAACAUUCAACUCUGCCGUGCUCAAGAUCAUCCCCUCACUACGCGGCUAUGCAGAGGCGCUUACUCAGUCCAUGGUCCGGUUCUUCCUCGACUCCCAGCAACGUUUCACGACUAAGAUCCAGCCCCAUUACGUGUACAGUCCGCGUGAAUUGACUCGCUGGGUUCGUGGUGUGUAUGAGGCAAUCCGACCUCUCGAGACUUUGUCCGUUGAGGGCUUGGUACGGAUAUGGGCGCACGAGGCUUUGCGUCUCUUCCAAGAUCGACUUGUUGCUGAAGAAGAGCGCAAGUGGACCGACGACGCUGUACGCAGAAUUGCGAUGGACUUCUUCCCGACUAUCGAUGAACAGCAGGCACUAGGUGGCCCCAUCCUCUACUCCAACUGGCUCUCAAAGAACUAUGUGCCGGUCGACCGGGAACAACUUCGUGACUUCGUCAAGGCUCGCCUCAAGACCUUCUGCGAGGAGGAGGUUGAUGUGCCACUCAUCUUGUUCAACGAUGUUCUGGAGCACGUCCUUCGCAUUGAUCGUGUUUUCCGGCAGCCCCAAGGUCAUCUCAUUCUCAUUGGCGUCAGCGGUUCGGGAAAGACAACCCUAUCUCGCUUCGUCGCAUGGAUGAAUGGUCUAAAGGUCUACCAAAUCAAGGUGCACGGCAAGUACUCAGCCGAGGACUUCGACGAGGACCUGAGGGAAGUCUUGCGGCGUUGCGGCUGCAAGGGCGAGAAAAUGUGCUUCAUCAUGGACGAAUCUAACGUGCUCGACUCUGGGUUCCUUGAGAGAAUGAACACGUUGCUCGCCAAUGCUGAGGUCCCUGGCCUCUUCGAAGGUGACGACUUCGCAGCCUUGAUGACGGCCUGCAAGGAAGGUGCACAACGGCAGGGAUUACUCCUUGAUUCCCAGGAGGAGCUGUACAAGUGGUUCACCUCGCAAAUCGUCAAGAACUUGCACGUCGUCUUCACGAUGAACCCGCCAGAGGAUGGCCUCUCUUCCAAGGCUGCCACCAGUCCAGCCUUGUUCAACCGUUGUGUUCUCAACUGGUUCGGCGAUUGGUCUGAUCAAGCCCUGUUCCAGGUCGCUCACGAGUUGACGCACUCUGUGGAUCUUGACCGCUCCAACUUCCAAGCACCCGACACGAUUCCCAUCGCAUACCGUGGCCUCAGCCUGCCUCCUUCACACAGAGAAUCAGUUGUCAACUCUAUGGUCUACAUUCACUACUCCCUUCAGCGCUUCAAUGUGAAAUUGCUGAAGCAGCAGGGCAAGGUCACCUUUUUGACACCGCGUCACUUCUUGGAUUUCGUGGCGCAGUAUGUCAAGCUGUACAAUGAAAAGCGCGAGGAUCUUGAAGAACAACAGCGCCAUCUCAACGUCGGUCUUGAGAAGCUGAGGGACACUGUAGACAAGGUCAGAGACCUCCGCGAGAGUCUUGCUGAGAAGAAGGCCCAGCUGGAGCAGAAAGAUAUCGAGGCAAAUGAGAAGCUGCAACGCAUGGUUGCCGACCAAAGGGAGGCUGAACAGCGCAAGAACACGUCUCUAGAAGUCCAGGCCGCGCUCGAGAAGCAAGAAGCCGAGGUCGCAACGAGGAAGAAGGUUGUGCUGGAAGAUCUGGCGAAGGCAGAGCCUGCAGUCGAGGAAGCCAAAGCCAGUGUCAGCAACAUCAAGCGUCAGCAUCUGACUGAAGUCCGGUCCAUGAACACGCCGCCGCAGGGCGUCAAGCUUGCACUGGAUUCCGUCUGCACACUUAUCGGUCACAAGGUCAAUGAUUGGAAAGCUGUUCAGGCCGUUGUGCGACGAGACGACUUUAUUGCAAGCAUCAUCAACUUCAACAAUGAGAAGCAGAUGACCAGGAACCUUCGGGUGAAGAUGAGAAACGAAUUCUUAUCCAACCCCGAAUUCACAUUUGAGAGGGUCAACCGCGCCAGUAAGGCUUGUGGUCCUCUAGUCCAGUGGGUGGAGGCUCAAGUCAACUUUGCCGAGAUCCUCGACAGAGUUGGUCCACUGAGGGCGGAGGUCGAGCAGCUGGAGGAGCAGGCUUUGCAGACCAAGGCUGAAGCCAAAGCGAUCGAGAACAACAUCGCCCACCUGGAGCAGAGCAUCGCCACUUACAAGACCGAGUAUGCGGCGCUGAUUAGCGAGACACAGGCUAUCAAAUCAGAGAUGUCCAGGGUGCAGUUCAAGGUCGACCGAAGCGUCAAGCUGCUCGACAGCCUUUCUUCUGAGCGUGUCCGUUGGGAAGAGGGCAGCAAGUCCUUCGAGACACAGAUCAGCACAUUGGUGGGAGACGUGCUUGUCGCCGCUGCGUUCCUUGCCUACAGUGGUCUAUACGACCAGACGUUCCGCAAGUCCAUGAUGGAGGACUGGCUGCACCAGCUGCACCUGUCUGGUAUUCAGUUCAAGCCGCACAACCCCAUGACUGAAUACUUGUCCACCGCCGAUGAGCGUCUCGGAUGGCAUGAAAACAGCUUGCCCGUGGAUGACUUGUGCACUGAGAACGCCAUCGUCCUGAAGCGCUUCAAUAGGUACCCGUUGAUUAUCGAUCCUUCGGGCAGAGUCAAUGAGUUCCUGCAAAAGGAGUGCAAGGACCGUCGCUUGACCGUCACCAGUUUCUUGGAUGACUCCUUCACCAAGCAGCUUGAGAGCUCGCUCCGUUUCGGCAACCCAAUUCUCAUCCAGGAUGCGGAGCAUCUCGACCCCAUCCUCAACCACGUGCUCAACAAAGAGUACCAGAAGACAGGAGGUCGUGUACUUAUACAGCUCGGAAAGCAGCAGAUCGAUUUCUCACCGGCCUUCAAGCUCUACCUUUCCACGAGGGACCCAUCUGCGACAUUUGCACCGGACAUCUGCAGUCGAACCACGUUUGUCAACUUCACCGUCACACAGAGCAGUCUCCAGACUCAGUCGCUUAACGAUGCGCUGAAGUCCGAGCGGCCAGAUGUCGAUGAGAGGCGAUCGAACCUCAUCAAGCUACAGGGCGAGUUCAAGGUCCACUUGCGACAGCUUGAGAAGCGCCUGCUGCAAGCACUAAACGAAUCCCGCGGCAACAUCCUGGAUGACGAUAAUGUCAUUGAAACGUUGGAGACCCUCAAGACUGAAGCGGCGGAGAUUUCAGCCAAGAUGAGCAACACUGAAGGCGUCAUGGCUGAGGUCGAGCAGAUCACGCUUGAGUACGAUGUCAUUGCCAAGUCUUGCAGUGCUGUAUACGCUGUCCUUGAACAGCUUCACUACCUUAACCACUUCUAUCAGUUCUCCUUGCAGUACUUCCUCGACAUCUUCCACGGCGUGCUCCAUGGCAAUCCAAACCUGGCAAAGGAGACCAAUCACAAAGUCCGUCGUGACAUUAUCGUCAGGGAUUUGUUCAUCGCCGCAUUCAAGAGGACUGCUCUUGGUCUACUCCAGAAAGACCGCAUUACUCUUGCCAUGCUCCUCGCCCAAGCGUCCCCAUACAAGAUGGACGGCAGUCUCAUUGACAACAUCCUGGACGACAAGAUUGAGGGCAAGGAUGUCUCCACUGUGGCGGAGGCUAAGGAAGAGGCAUUCGCACGAGCCAGGAAGCUGCCAAGUCUGAAGGAGAGACUCGACCAGGUCCCCUCAAGCGACUGGGACCAGUUCUUCUCCCAGGAGCUUGCUGAGAAUUUCGUUCCAAAGGUCUGGGACGACAGCACAGAUGACAACGACAAGGCUCUCAUAUCCCUGCUCCUGGUGAAGCUUUUCCGUCUUGACCGCUUUGUUCCUGCGGCAGAGCGCUUCGUGGCCUUGGUGUUCGGACCCGAACUGUUCGAUAUUGUGGAAGAUCUCAAGGCUACCGUGACCCAGGUACCCGCCACACGACCGAUUGCCUUGGUCUCUAGCCCUGGCUUCGAUGCCAGUUACAAAGUUGACAGCCUGGUGGAGAGAACACGUGUUAGAUGCACGAAUAUCGCUAUGGGUUCCAACGAAGGUGUUGCGAGCGCCGACAAAGCAAUCACUAACGCGGCUCAAAUGGGAUCUUGGGUACUGGUCAAGAAUGUCCAUCUCGCACCAACUUGGCUGCAGAGCCUCGAGAAACGCAUGGAGUCACUCAACCCCAACCCGGAGUUCAGGCUCUUCCUAUCCAUGGAGGCGAGCCCCAAGAUCCCCGUCAACCUGCUCCGUGCCUCUCGUGUGCUCAUGUACGAGCAACCUGCUGGUGUCAGGGCCAACAUGAAAGAUUCGAUGUCUUCGCUUUCCGCACGACCCUCGAAGAGCCCUGUUGAGCGGCAGAGGCUCUACCUGCUGCUUUCCUUCCUGCAUGCCGUUGUUCAAGAGCGCUUGCGUUAUGCGCCUAGUCUUGGUUGGAAGGGUUUCUGGGAGUUCAAUGACAGCGAUAAUAUCCCCUGGGAAAUGAUUCGGUACCUCGUCACAGAAACCUACGGCGGCAAAAUCGACGACGAGGGCGACUACAAGCUCCUCACGGAGCUCGUCCACUCCUUCCUAACACCCGCAGCCUACGAUAUUGGCCACAAGCUGGUUGACGGCGGUGACAAGGAGGGCAACCUAGAGGUGCCGUCGGGCACGUCUAUGCAGGACUUUAUGGGAUGGAUCCACAAGCUUCCCGAGCGCGAGCCGCCCACGUAUCUGGGCUUGCCGGCCAAUGCGGAGAAGCUGUUGCUCGUCGGGCUCGGGCAGAGCAUGAUCCAGAACUUGAGGAAGGUGACGGACCUGCUGGACGAGGGUGAGCAAUUGGUGACUGAAGCAGCGCAGGCUGCGUAA